UCUUCCAGCUAGAUUAGGCUGGGUGAGCGCUAGAUGGGGUGAUAUAUUAGCGAGACUGGGAGGUUUUAACCUUAAGUGGGAGGAGCUCGGUUUAACUACAGGCAUUUGUUCUAGGGCAAAUCGCUUUAAUCUCUUUAGCUUUAAACUAUCCAACUCGCAACCCGCAUUCUUCUGCCGGGGAUCUUUACCAUUUUCAUGCAUACGCGGUUGGACCAGUGCAGCUAUUGCAGAGCAAAGACAAUCGGGCUUCUAGGCAUUUCUCCGAGCUCUUCUUCUGAUUCUUUGAAAAUAACAAUAAAGUAAAGCAAUUCAGAAAUAGUACUAAGUGGAUUUUCAGACCUAUAUCUAUAUCUAUAUAUUGUGGAAUAAACACCUGCAUAAACCAAAAUCAACCCAGCCUCCUUGCCAUGGAUUCCUUUAAAGGUGGGAUGAAUUUGGACAGACUGCCAGAGAGUUUAAGACCCCAGCCUUCCCAUGACAUGGCUUCCAGCUUCCAUUUGCAAAGAUCUUCUGAAUCCAGAGAUCCGAUUGAGAAUUCAGCCAGUGAAUCGUCAGAUACAGAAGUCCCAGAAAAAGACCGGAGCGGCGAACAGAAGAGCGAGGAUGGAAACCCCGACGAUCCGGCGAAGAAGAAGAAACAGAGGCGGCAAAGAACUCACUUCACCAGCCAGCAGCUGCAGGAGCUGGAAGCCACUUUCCAGAGGAACCGCUACCCGGACAUGAGCAUGAGAGAGGAGAUUGCAGUGUGGACCAAUCUCACCGAGCCCAGAGUCAGGGUCUGGUUCAAAAACCGCCGAGCCAAGUGGAGAAAGCGGGAGCGCAACCAGCAGAUGGACCUGUGCAAGAACGGCUACGUGCCCCAGUUCAGCGGGCUUAUGCAGCCCUACGAUGACAUGUACGCCGGCUACCCCUACAACAACUGGGCCACCAAGAGCCUGACCCCGGCGCCGCUGUCCACCAAGAGCUUCACCUUCUUCAACUCCAUGAGCCCCCUGUCCUCGCAGUCCAUGUUCUCCGCCCCCAGCACCAUCUCCUCCAUGAGCAUGCCCUCCAGCAUGGGCCACUCGGCCGUGCCCGGCAUGCCCAACGCCAACCUGAACAACAUCAACAACCUCAGCAACAUCAGCGGCUCCUCCCUCAACUCCGCCAUGUCCUCCCCCGCCUGCCCCUACGGCCCGCCGGGCUCGCCCUACAGCGUGUACAGAGACACUUGCAACUCCAGCCUGGCCAGCCUCAGACUGAAAUCCAAGCAGCACUCCACUUUCGGCUACAGCAGUUUGCAAAGCCCAGGCUCCAGUCUAAACGCCUGUCAGUACAACAGCUGACGGACUAACAAGGGCCCAAGCAGCGCCAGAGAGGAAGCUCUGAGGCCUGGUAGCAAACAAAACAAACACGGACCAGAAAUCUUUUGCAAGAGACGCCAAAAUCUAAUACACGGAUGAGUUGCAAUUUUCCUCUGGAUUAUGCGGGUUGUAUGUGUUUACUUGAACUUGCACAGGAGUUUCUAACGCCUCCACUUUAUAGAGCAGAAGAGUGGAAGGGGAAGGGGGGAGGUAUGGAUGGUGGUAAAGGCUGGGCUGUGCUGCCCAGUUUGUGGUAGGGGAAGAGGUUUGGUUAAUGUUUACCACUGACCAAAAAAAAAAAAAAAGUUAUGUGCAGAAUAAAUUCUGCGGGAAUAUGGUUAAAAUAUUAGGUAUGAAACUAUA